AUGUCUUCCGGUGUCCAACCUACCCAAGAAUGCCUCGAAAAGUUCCAGGAACUCAAGACCGGCAAAAAGCUCACAUACGUCCUCUACGGUCUCUCCGAGGACAAGCGCUCUAUCGUCGUCCUUAAGGCUUCAGACGACAAGGACUUCCAGACCUUUGUCAACGACCUUCCUGAAGCCGACUGCAGGUGGGCUGUGUAUGACUUUGAGUUUACGUUGCCUGGUGGAGAGGGUAUCAGGAACAAGUUGGCUUUCAUCUUCUGGUCUCCCGAUGAUGCGCCUGUCAGGAGCAAGAUGAUCUUUGCCUCUUCCAAGGAUGCUCUCCGUCGCCGACUCGAUGGUGUCGCCCUCGAGAUCCAGGCCACCGACUUUUCCGAGAUCACCAGAGAAGUCGUUCUCGACAAGGCUACCCGAAAGUAA